CCUACAACAAAUCCAACUAAGCAAACAAGUAGAAACACAAUUCAAACAUAUCGUACGCAUUGAGUUUUAUAGCGCAGGCAGAAAAUGAAAUAUUGCAGCAGGUCGACAUUGGCGGCGGCGACCGCAGUUCUGGCUAUUGUGGCACUCUCCGCCGUUGCCGAGUGCAGAAAGGGUCCCGACAUAAGCAUCCUGAGAGGAGCCAACUGCACGGGGAAAUCCAAAAACAAUGGUUACGACAAAAGCGUGGCACGUCUGCUGGAACUCUUAGUGCAGGACACCAGGAAUGUACACAAGAAGGAAAACAGCAAUUACAGGUACACAGUCGAUUUCCCGGAUUCCGAGGUCGGAUCGGCGACCGGCGGCGCUACCUGCGACGUGGCCCUGGGGAAGACGGAAUGCUGGGGCUGCCUUGUCGCUGCGAGGAAGAGGUUGGUAGAGGGAUGUGCGGAUCCCAUAAAGGCUAGCGUGAGGCUCCAUGAUUGUUCACUUUGGUUCGACAAGAUCUGCUCCUGAAUGAAUGAUACGCUCAGUUCGAAAUAUGUUUUGCAG